CUUGGUCGGAGGCAGCCAAGCAAAGCUAGAGAGGGCAGGUUCCCGACUGGGAUCUGGGGGAGGAGGAGGGGCGUGCGGUCCACUCCAGUGUCGUCUCURUUUGGGCCGGGCAAGGCGGCUUCUGGCGGUGCUGCCAACUGGUGUCCGCACUGCCUCGCUCCGCAGCGCGCCUGAAUCACGGUCCACAUUUGAUCUUUCAGGCGGGCGCAGGAAAAGAAGCACCGACGCAGCCACGGUCUCAGCCAACGUUUCACACCCUUUUCUCCCGGCCUGCGUGCCUAGAAGCUGGAGCUAGCAGGAGCCUACGGUGGGCCAGUAAACCUAAGGAUAACUAAGGGCGGUGAGCAACGACCAGAUGCAAAGGGUCCCUGUCUUUGAGCAUCGACGGCUGAUCUAUACUUGCCUGUGGUUUGGGGGAAGAGUGGAGCUGGAAUUUUCAAUUCCAAAUUAUGUGCAGAAUGCCCAGUUUUCUCCCCACUAGGACGGAUCAGACGGUACAGAAAAGAGGACUCUGGUAAUUCUGGUUUUGCAUUUUGCAAGGUUUCUCCUCUAGCUUUACGUCAAACGUCGGGUAGGGAGGGAGUUGGGGUCCUGGCCAGCGCCGUGAGUGGAGAGGUUCUCUGACAGCCUCRCGCGCCCCUGGCCAUGUUGCCUUUACUUCCCUAUGAUUUAGCGUGGCCCUCCCAGGGUUCCCAGGGCUGGUCGGGGUUGUUCCCCACCCGCGCAUUCUCCCUCACCCCCAGCCAAACUCAACUGGCAGGGCUCCGCCGAGGCGAGACCUUUUGACUCCAGCUCCUUCCCUCCCGCCUCCGUCCCCCGCCCGAGGGUGGCCCUAGAGAGCCGGWUCUCGCCGGCCGGGCUGAGACCAUGGUGUUUCUCUCCGGAAAUGCUUCCGACAGCUCCAACUGCACCCACCCGCCGGCACCAGUGAACAUUUCCAAGGCCAUUCUGCUCGGGGUGAUCUUAGGGGGACUCAUCAUUUUCGGGGUGCUGGGGAACAUCCUAGUGAUCCUCUCCGUGGCCUGUCACCGGCAUCUGCACUCGGUCACUCACUAUUACAUCGUCAACCUGGCUGUGGCCGAUCUGCUGCUCACCUCCACGGUCCUGCCCUUCUCCGCYAUCUUCGAGAUCUUGGGCUACUGGGCCUUUGGCAGGGUCUUCUGCAAUAUCUGGGCGGCAGUGGACGUCCUGUGCUGCACUGCGUCCAUCAUGGGCCUCUGCAUCAUCUCCAUUGACCGCUACAUCGGCGUGAGCUACCCGCUGCGCUACCCGACCAUCGUCACCCAGAGGAGGGGCGUCAGGGCUCUGCUCUGCGUCUGGGCGCUUUCCCUGGUCAUCUCCAUMGGGCCCCUGUUUGGCUGGAGGCAGCCGGCCCCCGACGAUGAGACCAUCUGCCAGAUCAACGAGGAGCCCGGCUACGUGCUCUUCUCGGCGCUGGGUUCCUUCUACGUGCCG